AUGAAUCACACUACGUCGUCGCAAUUCACAUCACUGCUACCCUACCACCUUGUUGCUCUUACUGAGACCAAGUUCACACAACUCGACCACCUCGAAUCGGCCCACUACCACUGGAACUGUGCUGACUCAGGUGGCCUCUCAUUCUGGACACACAUGUCAUCGUCCCCUUAUGACGGUCGCAACGGCUGUGGCUUGCUGGCCACCUCCAACUGUCCAAUCACCGACAUGGUCGAUAUUUCAUCUACCAUGCCAAGCGCAGCGACUCUUCGGAAUCGCUAUCUGCUUGUCCGGGGCCUUCUAGAUGACAUCGUGGUCCGGAAGGUCAUCAUAUCAUAUGUGGUGAUUUCAAUACCACUAUGCAACCCCGUUCUCGACCAAAUCGGGGACUACCGCAGCCAUGGCACGGGCCGAGCCGAGCUAUUGUCUUGGCUCAGUCACAUCAGCGCACUUGACCCUUGGCGCCAGUCAAACCCGACGACGUUAGUCUACUCCAACCCGACCAACUCCACCCGGCUAGACUAUGUGUUUAUGACGCCGGAACUGUUUACCGACUGCUUUGUCCACGCGGAAUACCACGUCAACAUGCGACACCAUUACUUCCACUGCGAUCACGCACCAUUAUCGUUCCACUUAGAGACAGCGUCGUUGAAACCUCACACCAAGGCCCCAUGGCGCUGUCCGACUUGGCUUUUUCAACUGACGGAAGUAAAAGCCGAGCUGGAACGACUUCUGGAUACCAUGCUCGAUGCCCUACACUCUCCCAACCAUCGGCACUACAACCCCGGGUUUAUGUUUCACGAACAUAUUCGUGCGGCUUCCAUCUACCUACGCCAACAAUCCCGACAACGUCAUAAUGCGAAGUUGAAGGAAUUGCAAUCGCUGCGUCUGAACUUGGCAUCUGCUCUCCAAGUCCAUCACCGUGCUCCAUCGGCAGACACGGAUGAAACACUGACAGCUGCGAGUCAUUCAAUCGGUAGGUGCGACGGGCGGUGUGUACAAAGGGCAGGGACGUAA